ACCAACUUUGAAACUUUUGUCCGUUUGUUUCCUUCUAAAACAUUCAUUUGCUUUUCUCUCUCUUCAAUCUAAUUAAACCUCUCUAUCCUUCUCCCACCUUCUCCUACCUCAAAGUUGCAAUCUUUAUGCUUAUAUUAUGAUGAUGGCUUGUGGGGUGUUGAGAUUUCUACUCUUCCAAUUCUUGAUUUUGAACUUCGUAUGUUCUUGCAUAGGAUUCGAUCCUAAAGAUAAGUACUACAUAAAUUGUGGAUCAUCAACUGAUGUUGCAGUAGGAAGCAUCACUUACAUAGCUGAUAAAUCAUCUUCAAAAUUUCUAUCAACUCCAGAAGAUAUCUUAGCCAACACCACUUCCAAUUCCAUCGCAUCAUCCGACGAUUCUCUGUUGUUUCGAACUGCUAGAAUCUUCACCAAACCUUCUACAUACACCUUCCCUCUUAGGCAGAGUGGUAGGCAUUGGAUUCGCCUCCGUUUCUAUCCAUUUCAUUACCAGAAUCUUGACAUGAAAUCAGCUACUUUCUCUGUUUUUUCAUCCCAUAAAGAAACUAGGCUGCUUAGUGAUUUCAGCCCCCAAAAUGCUACUAUCAAAGAAUACUUACUAAACAUGACUAGUGGCAACACAAUGAUCAUCUUUUCCCCUUCAAGAAACUCAUUUGCAUAUGUUAACUCUGUGGAAGUUGUCUCUGCUCCUGAUAGCCUCAUCAUUGAUGAUGCCUCACUUAUAAAUCCGAUCAUGUCUUAUAGUGGCCUAGUUGAUCAAGCUCUAGAGACUGUUGUUAGGGUGAAUAUGGGUGGCCCUUUCGUGUCAUUGGUGAACGACACUUUGGGGCGAAGUUGGGUCCCGGAUUGGCCCUUCUUGCUGCACCCUGACCUAGCCACCAAUGCCUCGAACAUUGGUGGUGUUAGGUAUCCGGGAGGCAGUGCAACACAAGAUAUUGCACCUCCCACUGUGUAUGGAACUUGCACAAAGAUGAACUCUCAGAGUGAUCCCAAUAGCAACUUCAAUGUGACAUGGAAUUUUGGAGUGGAUGCUGGCUUUCAGUACUUGAUCAGGUUGCAUUUCUGUGACAUUGUGAGCAAGGCGGCUAAUCAGCUUGUGUUUGAUGUGUACAUUGGUGGAUUUCUUGUUGAUCGUGAUCUCGAGCUGAGUUCUGUGAGUCAGGGGCGUUUGGCCACCGCGUAUUUUAAAGACUUUGUCACCCCAUUGAUGGAAAAAGAUAGUUUGAGGGUGAGUAUUGGUCCUUCCAAAUUGAGUUAUUACCCCGACGCCCUUCUCAACGGAUUGGAGGUUAUGAAGAUAAGCAAGAAGGGAAGCUUUUCCAUAGGUGGAUCUAGUUUAGCCCCAUUAUCGAGAUCCAAGAAUAAGUUGGCUGUGAUUGUAGGUGUGAGUGUUGGAGUGCCUUUUCUUUCUUUGAUUGUGGUAGGGAUUCUUGUUUUUGCGCAGAGGAGAAAGAAGAAGAAGCAAGAAGUUAGCCACUCGAAAACAUGGAUUCAUAUACCAGUUGAUGGUGGAGCUUCUCACUCUCACACCAUGGAUGCCAACUUCAGCUACUGCAUCCCAUUUGCUGUGGUUGAAGAAGCAACCAACAGCUUCGAUGAGGGCCGCGUGGUAGGGGUUGGUGGCUUUGGAAAAGUUUACAAAGGCGUUCUUGGAGAUGGGACUAAGUUAGCUGUCAAGAGAGGCAAUCCGAGUUCCCCACAAGGCCUAGCAGAGUUCAGAACUGAAAUCGAGAUGCUUUCAAGGUUCCGCCAUCGCCAUCUGGUUUCUUUACUUGGCUACUGUGAUGAGAAGAACGAGAUGAUUCUUGUCUACGAGUACAUGGAAAAUGGUACUCUCAAGAGUCAUCUAUACGGCUCGAAUAACCCCAGUUUAGGGUGGAAGGAGAGGCUCCAAAUAUGCAUUGGGGCAGCAAGGGGUUUACAUUAUCUUCACACUGGCUAUACGAAAGCUGUCAUACACCGUGAUGUGAAAUCUGCAAACAUAUUGCUGGAUGAGAAUCUCAUGGCUAAGGUAGCAGAUUUCGGGCUGUCCAAAACCGGGCCUGACAUAGAUAAGACGCAUGUCAGCACAGCUGUCAAGGGCAGCUUCGGGUACCUUGAUCCCGAGUACUUUAGAAGGCAGCAGCUGACGGAGAAAUCAGAUGUUUACUCAUUUGGUGUGGUGAUGUUUGAAGUUUUGUGCGCGAGGCCUGUGAUUGAUCCAUCCCUGCCUAGGGAGAUGGUGAACUUAGGGGAAUGGGCGAUCAAGUGGCAAAAGAAGGGGGAGCUGGAUCAGAUAAUCGACCACAGACUCGUUGGUAGGAUAAAGCCUGACUCCCUCAGGAAAUAUGGUGAAACAGCGGAAAAAUGCCUGGCUGAGUUCGGGGUGGACAGGCCCUCCAUGGGAGAUGUGCUGUGGAACUUGGAGUAUGCACUGCAGCUUCAAGAGGCAGUGGUGAGAGAUGAUCCUGAGGAAAGCAGUAGCAAUUAUAUACAUGAGAUUUCUCCACACUUCAUCGAUGUCGAUACAAGCAAUUCGUUUGGCCAGUUUGAAAGAUCGAGUGGUGAUGAUCUCUCUGAUGCUUCUGUUAGUAAAGUCUUCUCUCAGCUCAUCAGAUCUGAGGGUAGAUGAUUUGCAUAGCUGCUGCAUUUUUUUAAAAUUUGUGUUUGUCUCUUGUUAAGUUGCUAAAUACAUUUAUAGUAGUAUGAAAUUUUAUUUCCAGCUCUCUAA